AUGAAUAAGAUCACUUGUAUUCCACAAGAAUCCUUCAAGCAAAAUCAAUUACAAUCUACUAAUUUAACAAUCACCGAAUUCAAUUGUUCUGAUAUUCAUUCAGAUAAUUUAAAAUUAACAACAAAAUCAAUUGAUUCUUAUGAGAAUAAAGGUAAUUUAAUGAUUCAUUCAACAUCAUCCUCAUCAUCUUCACCAUCAUUAUCAUUUAAUCGACCGAAAUCUUCAUCACCAUUAUCAACAUAUGAUGAUACAAAUCGUAUUCUAUUUAAUGAUUCAUUAAAUCCUAAUGAAUAUUGUACACAAUUAAUAGAGAAUAAUGUUAUCAAUAAAUUAUAUCCAAUAAAAUCAUCAUAUGAAUUAAAGAAUAAAUUAAAUCUAGUUGUUUCCAAUGUUAAUGAUCAUGAUAAUCAUUGUAUCCAUGAUGAUACUGACAGUGAUCAUGAUGAUGAUAAUAAUAAUGAUGAUGAGAAUCAUGAAAAUAGGGAACAAACAAAAUGUUAUAAUCCAAUUGAAAUAUCAGAAAAAUCUUAUUCACAUUUAACUGUUUAUAAACCUAUUGAUAAACAAUCGAAUUAUGAAAAUAGAGAAUGUGAUACAUUGUAUUUAAAUGAGAUAACUGAUAAAAGUCAUCCUUCUGCUCCACCACCGCCACCUCCUCCUCAUCAGGAUCCCCAUCGUCAUCAUCAUCAACAGCAGCAGCAUCAUCAACAUCAUGAUCAGGAUCACUCAACUUACUAUUCACCUAAUCAUGAAUCAACAGAUAUGAUGCCAUUAAUAAAAAAAUCUAGGAUUUCUUCUUCAAAUGAAUUGAAUUGUAUAAAUUCACUAACAGAAAAAUCAGAUAAUGAUUUAAAUCAAUCUAAAUUACAUCAUAUAGAUAGUAAAAUUAUAUUGACUAUUACUACUACUACAUCUAUGUGUACACCAUCUAUAUCAACUUCAUCUACAUCAUUAUUUCAUUCUAUAGAAUUUGGAAUUAAUAAUAAUAAUAGUACACUUACAUCAAAUGAAGCUCUUCAUAUUAAAAAACAAGAGAAUAAUUUCCCUAUAAAUGAAUCAAAUAAUAAUAUUCAUUUACAACAUAAUUCUAAUUAUAAAUUUACAGAAUUUCGGCCUCGUUUUCAAUAUCCUCAUCAGUAUCAUUUGAAUUAUCAAAGUAAUAAUAAUAAUAAUAAUACUAGUAAUAAUACUAUUGAUCAAUAUCAAUCUUCCUAUCAAUUGAAUAGUUUACAAUUAAAUCAUAAUGAUACUACUUGUCAGUCUAUAUCACCUUUACAUAAUUAUUUCCCAUCAUUUUCAUUUAAUCGUUUACCAUGUUAUAAUGAUUAUAUGAAUAUUCAUUCUAAAGUUACAGAUCAACUUGAUCCAAAUAAUGAACAUGAAAUGUUACAUCAUUCAAUAUUGAAUCGAGAAAAUGUUGUUGAUUAUUUGCAUAAAUCAAAUAUGAAUACAAGUUCAUCAUCGAAUAAUAGUAGUGAUAAUUUUAGUAAUAAUAAUAAUAAUAAUAAUAAUACUAUUAAUACUACUAAUAAUAAUGGUUUAACUAAUCCACAUAGGAAUUCAUCACAUAUUAGUAGCAGUAAUAAUAAUAAUACUAUUGCAACAGUCACUGGAGAACAUUUAUUAAAUGGUCAACAUACUAUACCUUCAUUUCAUUCAUCUAUUCUUACUACAAUUAAUGAAAAUAAUAAUAAUCCUAUAACAUUUCCUUCUGUAAUACCUAAUUUAUCAUCAAAUCAAACAAGUCCAUUAACAAUGUCAUCUUAUACAAGAAAUUUAAAUGAUUGUGCAGAGAAUAUAUCUAAAUUAAGUAAUUUAAAUUGGGCAUCAAACAAUACAUCAUCUCAUCCUUAUAGAGGGCAAAUAGGAUAUUCAAAUGAAUUUGGUAAUACAACAAGACGAAGAAAUGCUACAAAAGAAAGUACAACAACAUUAAAAGCUUGGUUACAAGAACAUAUUAAAAAUCCUUAUCCAACUAAAGGUGAAAAAAUUAUGUUAGCUAUUAUAACAAAAAUGACAUUAACACAAGUUUCUACAUGGUUUGCAAAUGCAAGAAGACGUUUAAAAAAAGAAAAUAAAAUGACAUGGACACCAAAACAUAGAAAUGAAGAACAAAAUGAUGAUAACGAUGAUGAUGACGAUAAUGAUGAUGAUAACGAUGAUGAUGAUAAUGAUAAUGAUGAUAAUGAUGAAGAGGUGAACAAUAGAAACAACAGUGUAGGUAAUAAUAAAGGACAACAUAAUGAAAGAUCUAAAUUAACAAAUAAUGAAAGUAUUUAUGAUGAUCAUGAUAUUGAUGAAGAUGAUGAAAUAACUGGAUUUGAUAAUGAUGAUGAUGAUGACGACGAUGAGGAUAUAUCAUUAAAUCAAUCAAGAAAUCAGUCUAUAUUAAAAGAUUCUCUAAAUCAUAAUGAUUAUCAAAAUUAUUUAUUAAAUCAAAAUGGGAAAAUUAAUAAAUUCCCAGUAAAAUCUUCUUAUAAUAAAAGUCAAUUCCAUAUAAAUAAUGAAUUAAUCUAUAAAAAGAAACAUGAACAGUUGAAUAAUUCAAUAUUCAAUCCACCACCAUCUUCAUCAUCAUCAUCAUCUUCUUCUUCUGAACAACAUUCAUGA